CGUAGACAGCAAGCCAAGUUAACAUAGGAAGGAACGUUUGUUGCCUUUUACUUUAUUCUUUUUUUUCUUCCCUCAUCCUUCUAUGGAAUAUUUACCCCCGUCUUCGUUUUCGAUUUGUUUUAGCAAAUUGUAUGAAUGGUUGAAGAAAACAGAAAUUGAAGACGUUUGCGUCUUAAAGAAAAUUAAAAUUGGAGUUCAUCUGAGAAAAUUCUGUUGAAGAAAAGGGUUUACAUCCUCUCAUUUAGCAGAAUUCUAAGCAAAUUUUGGUUAGCUUUUUAAAAAUAAAAUGUGUAUAUCUUCUCGGCAUUUCUGUCAUUAUCAUGGUGGAAACUUGAAAUCCCUCAUAUGCAAGCAAAAUGCCGAGCAAUUUUCGGCAUGUAUUUUGAAAAUAAAAAUUCAUAUCUGCAGGCAUUAUGUUUUAGUUCUCUAAUUUGAAGUAUUCUGAGAUAAUUAUGGAUUGCAAGAAACAAAGGCGUUCUAAAUUAUGAGUUUUAAAAUUGCUCUUUUACUUUUUCUAGGAGGACAAAGAACAGAGGAGUAGGUAGCAUAAUCGAAAAUGAAUCCAGAAAAAUUUGCAAAUAAAACUAACGAAGCUCUAGCAUCAGGUUUAGAGCUUGCUCAAGAAUUUGGUCAUGCACAAGUCAAUCCCAUUCAUUUGGCCGUUGCUCUUAUAGAGGAUGCUUCUGGGCUACUGAAACAAGCGAUUUUGUCCGCUGCUAUUGGAGAUCAAUCAGUGGAAUCCGUUAGAAGAGUCCUGCGCCAAGACCUGAAAAAACUGCCUUCCCAGAAACCUGCUCCACAAGAAAAUCCUCCCAGCACUGCUCUGAUCAAAUGCAUCAGGCACGCUCAAUCGAGACAAAAGAAGAAAGGAGACAGUCAUUUGGCUGUAGAUCAUCUUAUACUAGGAUUAUUGGAGGAUUCACAGAUUGUGGACAGCUUUAAAGAAGCGGGCGUGAGUGCUUUGAGUGUUAAAUCUGAAGUUGAGAAGCUGAGAGGAGAGGGAAAGAAGUUAGAGACUACCUUUGAUGAUACCAAUUUCCAGACCCUGAAAACCUAUGGGCGCGACCUUGUGGAAGUAGCUGGGAAGCUUGAUCCAGUUAUUGGCAGAGAUGAAGAAACUAAGAGAAUCAUCAGAAUUUUGUCUCGGAGGACGAAGAACAAUCCAGUGCUAAUUGGAGAGGCUGGUGUUGGAAAGACUGCUGUGGUGGAGGGACUGGCUCAAAGGAUUGUUAGAGGAGAUGUACCAAGCAAUUUGCUGGAAGUUAGAUUGAUAGCAUUGGAUAUGGGAGCCUUAGUGGCUGAAACAAAGUACAGAGGUGAGUUUGAAGAGAGAAUUAAAUCUGUUUUGAAGGAGGUGGAUAAAUCCCAAGGAAGAGUCAUUCUGUUUAUUGAUGAAAUACAUUUGGUUCUUGGUGCUGGGCGUACUGAGGGUUCAAUGGAUGCUGCUAAUUUAUUGAAACCAAUGCUUGCUCGCGGCCAACUGAGGUGUGUGGGAGCAACUACACUGGAAGAGUAUCGAAAAUACGUAGAGAAAGAUGCCGCAUUCGAGCGCCGAUUUCAGAAGGUGUACGUGGCUGAACCUAGUGUGGCGGACACCAUCAACAUUUUGCGUGGUUUGAAAGAAAAAUACGAAGGUCACCAUGGUGUGAGGAUCAUGGACAGAGCAUUAGUGGUUGCUGCCCAAUUAUCCAGUCGUUAUAUAACUGAUCGGCAUCUUCCUGACAAAGCAAUCGAUCUGAUUGAUGAGGCAUGUGCAAAUGUGAGAGUACAAUUAGAUAGUCAACCUGAAGAAAUAGAUGCACUUGAAAGGAAAAGAAUUCAACUAGAAAUUGAAGUCCACGCUCUUGAAAAGGAGAAAGACAGAGCAAGCAGGGCUUGGCUAGUGGAGGUUCAAAAUGAGCUUAAUGAUUUGAGAGAUAAGUUGCACCCUCUUAAAAUGAAAUACCACAAAGAAAAAGAGAGAGUGGAUGGAAUUCGUCGGUUGAAGCAGAAGCGUGAAGAAUUGCUGUAUACUCUCCAGGAGGCAGAGCAUAGGAUGGAUCUGGCAAGAGUUGCCGAUUUAAGAUAUGGGAUUCUUCCAGAGAUAGAUGCAGCAAUUGCUCGACAUGAAACUAAUGUUCAAGGAAAUUUAAUGUUAACAGAAGUUAUAGGACCCGAUCAAAUUGCAGAGGUGGUGAGUUGUUGGACUGGUAUUCCUGUAACCAGGCUUGGCCAAAAUGAUAAGGAGCGGCUGUUAGGCCUUCCUGAAAGGUUGCAUAAAAGAGUUGUCGGGCAAGAGAAAGCAGUUAAGGCAGUUGCAGAUGCUGUGCUGAGAUCGAGGGCAGGACUCGGGAGACCACAGCAACCUACUGGAUCUUUUCUAUUCUUGGGACCAACUGGAGUUGGUAAAACAGAGCUUGCGAAGGCUCUUGCACAACAACUGUUUGAUGAUGAAAACCUGCUAAUCCGGAUUGAUAUGUCUGAAUACAUGGAGCAGCAUUCAGUUUCUAGGCUCAUUGGGGCACCACCUGGAUAUGUUGGUUAUAAAGAAGGUGGACAACUGACUGAAGCAGUUAGAAGACGACCAUAUAGUGUUGUUCUAUUUGAUGAAGUUGAGAAGGCACAUGUAUCUGUAUUCAACACCUUGCUUCAGAUGCUUGAUGAUGGUAGAUUGACAGAUGGGCAUGGUUGUACAGUCAACUUCUCCAACACAGUCAUUAUCAUGACAUCCAACCUCGGAGCAGAGUACUUGCUUGCAGGACUCUCUGGACGCACAACCAUGCAAGUUGCUCAAAAGAGAGUAAUGCAACAAGUGAGAAAGCACUUCAGGCCAGAGCUAUUAAACAGACUUGAUGAUAUAAUAAUCUUUGAUCCUCUUAAAAAAGAGGAUCUGAGUAAAGUUGCUAGAUUGCAGAUGAAAGAUGUAGCCGUACGACUUGCAGAAAGGGGAAUUGCUCUGGCAGUCACCGAUGAAGCUUUAGACCUUGUCCUUGAGAAAGCAUACGAUCCUGUUUAUGGCGCUAGACCCUUAAGACGCUGGCUGGAAAAGAAAGUUGUAACCCAACUGUCUCAAAUGCUCAUCAGUGGAGAAAUUGAUGAAAACUGUACUGUAUUCAUAGAUGCAAUUCCUGAACAAUCAAGAUUAUCCUUUCAUGUAGACAGGAAUGGAGGACUAGUUAAUCCAAUGGAUACUGUCAAAUCUGGAGCAUUUCAGGCUGUCAAGAAAAUGAGAAUUGAAGAAAAGGACGACGAUGAGCCAAUGGAAGAAAUUAUGUGAUGUGUUUAUUCCUCCCAUUGAGCCGUGACAUCAAAUUUAGUUAGUAAUUUUCUGAGGAUGAGUUAAACGUAAUCAAUUGUAUGGUUUGGUACAUACUUUGGAUCAAUAUAUUAAACUAAUGUUUUUGUAACAAUGCACGAUGGCAAGAAGAGUUAAAACUAUGUUGGCCUGUAAGUUUGAGGAAAAUUACCUCAGCGUCGCUGUGACUCUUCUUAUCUAACGUAAUUCCCUGGGAUUGAAAAGGACCAACGGUCAAAAUAGGCAUUUUGACACAUUUAAAUAAAAUGCUACCAAACUAUUGUCGAACAUCAUUUUGGCUUUAUGACCAAAUCAGUAAUGUUAAUAGUCAUUAGUGUUUUAUUUUUUCAGAA